AUGGCUACUGACACCUAUCUGGUCAACGACGAUCCAGCCCGAGGUCCAGGGAUGCCUGAAUGUUUCCUCGUGUCCGACACCUACAGGGAUGAAUUCCACCCGUUCAUCGAGGCCCUGCUUCCCCAUGUCCGAGCGUUUGCCUAUACCUGGUUCAACCUACAGGCCCGAAAACGCAAGUACUUCAAGAAGCACGAGAAGCGCAUGUCCAAGGAGGAGGAGCGCGCAGUGAAGGAUGAACUGCUGGGGGAAAAGCCAGAGAUCAAGCAGAAGUGGGCCUCGCGCCUGCUGGCCAAGCUUCGGAAGGACAUCCGGCCCGAGUUCCGCGAGGACUUUGUGCUCACCAUCACAGGGAAGAAGCCUCCCUGCUGCGUGCUGUCCAACCCCGACCAAAAGGGCAAAAUCCGCCGCAUCGACUGCCUGCGCCAGGCCGACAAGGUGUGGCGGCUGGACCUGGUAAUGGUCAUCCUGUUCAAGGGCAGCCCCCUGGAGAGCACAGACGGAGAGCGGCUCGUCAAGUCACCACAGUGCACCAACCCGGGCCUGUGCGUGCAGCCACACCACAUCGGCGUGUCCGUCAAAGAACUGGACCUGUACCUGGCCUACUUCGUCCACACGCCAGAAUCUGGACAAUCAGACAGCUCCAGCCAACAGGGAGACACAGACAUCAAACCGCCACCUAACGGACACCUUAGUUUUCAGGAUUGUUUUGUGACUUCAGGAGUGUGGAACGUGGCAGAACUUGUCAGAGUGUCACAAACUCCUGUAGCCACAGCGUCAGGUCCCAACUUCUCCUUGGCUGACCUGGACAGUAGUCCUAGCUACUACAACAUCAAUCAAGUGGCUUUGGGUCGUCGCUCCCUCACCUCCCCUCCCUCAACCAGGUCUGAGGUGGAGUUGUACGCAAAUCUUCCCAGGAGCUCCACCAAGAGAAAGUCUUUGGACGACAGUGAAAUGGAAAGCCCCACAGACGACGUCUUCUACCCUGGACGCUCCCCUGCUGCCAGCUCCUCUCAGUCCAGCGUGUGGCCUAAUGACAUGGACGCAGUGCAGCACCAUUUGGCGAGUGUGCAAGAGAGGAAGAUAAAACAUGAAAAUGAUGGCGUGCAGUUUCCGUACCAUGGAUUGUCCUCGCCCGGUUCACUUAAGAAGCCGGGGAAGUUUGAUUUCAACGCCCUGACUUCCCAGACGAGGUCCCCCCGCAUGGCAUUCACACACCACCCGCUGCCUGUGUUGGCAGGAGUGAGACCAGGAAGUCCUCGUGCCUCAGCCUCCGCUCUGCACUUCCCCUCCUCCUCCAUCAUCCAGCAGUCCAGCCCAUACUUCACCCACCCCACCAUCCGCUACCACCACCACCAGGACCCACUUAAGGAGUUUGUGCAGUUUGUGUGCACCGACAGCCCAGGACAGCCUGGUGCUCAGCCGAAUGGAGGUGGCCAGAGCAAAAUGCCGGGCUCCUUCCUGCUGCCCCCUCCUCCCCCUGUGGCGCGCCCUGUGCCCCUCCCCAUGCCCGACUCUAAAAGUCUCAGCACGCACACUGAUGGUGGACUCAGCUCACCCUCAUCUCCGUCAUACUCCACGCCAGGCUCCACAACUCCCAACCGGUUUGUCGGCAUCGGAACACGGGACAACUUUCUGAAUAUACCCCAGCAGACUCAGUCCUGGUUCCUCUGA